AUGCGAAUCGAUCUUCGGCUCGCCAGAGGUACAUGCGGCGUUUCGGGCGACAACAGCGCUGCGACCGCGAAGUGGCGGUGGACAUGCUCCCAUGUCGCCGACGCGGCGCCGGAGUGGCCGUCGCUGCUCGCCACGACCACGACGGCUACUCUGAUACUCCGGGCCGACCCGUCCUACCCGACGGUGGCACUCUUCCACGUCUCGCUCACGCUGAGAAAAAUUCUGAGCCGUGCAGCAGAGUCGCCGACGAGUCGGUCCGCGUGCCUCCUCGUGUCGCGCAUCGUUCUCACCCAUCCAUAA